AUGCUCACCUCACUACGACCGCGCUCACCCCCUUUCUUUGACGUCGCCGCUCGCCCACAGCCACACCACAUCACCUCGACGCUCCACCCUGCCCACUGCGGCACGCCUGCCUAUCCGUCGCAAAUGGAGGGCUCUGGCGCAAGGCGCUACACCACGCCUCCUCCCGGACGCCAAGCGCCUCCAUACCAGCACACACCUUCGCACUAUCUUGCAGAUGCAGGGCCGCAUCCUCUCGAGCAGAGGCCCAGCCCUCAGUCGCGACAGCGCUCCUGGCACCAUCCUUACAUGCCCUCCCCACGCGGUGCACAGGGACCCAGUCCGCCUGCCCCGCUCGAAGCUGGCGCAAUGCCCUUGACGCGCGCUCCCGACUACGCUCCUCACGAUCCGCUCGCCCACGGUCUGCGUCACAACACAUCGCCGUCCUAUCGGUCCGAGCCCCUCCAUCCUGCGCCCGACGCCAGGUCGCGAGCCUCGUCUCGUGCAGAGGCGCAACCGCUCAGCAUUUCAACACUUCCGACACAUCCCUCGCGUGACGUCGAGAGGAUCGGGGGCAUCGGUCCCAGCCGCAACCGGGGCCGCUCCAGCACUCUGACGCUGCCACAUCCCGACACCGCUCGGGUCCGAGGAAGCUCCUUUAUCGGCGCAAGGCAGCACACUCCUUCGCAUGGCCCCGUCCACGUCAAGUACGAUGAGCAGUCGCCGCUGCCACCGCGGUCGUGGGACGAGGGCCGCUCAUUCCGCGACGGCUACCACAAUCACGGAGGCGAGAUGUAUGCGCACAGGCACCACUCGCCAGGCCUUCGCCCAUCGUCGCGAGAAUCGCCCAUCCUCUUCGCUCCGCUCAGUCCGAGCCAGGACCCUCACAUGCAGGUGCCUCGCCGCAUUUCGGGAGGCCAGCACGGCAACCCAUCUGUCAUGGCACGCCCAGGCCAGUAUCGAUCGAGACCUGGCACGCCUGUCUCUCCGCUCAACAUGGAGGGGCUUUCGAUGGAGGAGGUUUCGAUGCCUUCGGCUUCGGGCAUGGCCGUACCAUCGCUUCACGGCCAGGGACGUUCGCCUGCCGAAGCACGCGUCCGCAACGACUACUUUGGACCAGCAGCAGCGGCCGACUGGACACGACAGAAGCACAAGAACGGCGACUUGGCCGCCAGCCCUCCUUCCGUAUCCUAUGCGCCCGGACCUCGGAAUGACCCGCGAGACUACAGCUACCGUCCUGCGACAGUCAUGCACGGCGAAGCCAUCUCGCCCGAGUCGGAGAUGGCGCGCUACCACCAGGCCUCCUAUCCUGUGGGACAGCCUCCCAUGCAUCCCGGUCGCGCUCCGGGACCCGAACCCAUUCACCACCACCCUUCCAGGUCGCGUCUGGAGCAGAUCGACCGCGAACGAUUCGCCGCGCCGCACCAUCCCGUCGCCGCGUCGCCAGACGCCUAUCUCGGUGCCGGCGCAACGCAGGAUCACGGCUUCCACGCCGAGUAUACCUCGCAGCCGAGGCCGAGAUCCGCCGGCACGUUUGUGGCCAACGCGCCCCAGCAGAACGCGCCGGUCGACCGCAUCGCACACAGCCGACGAAGGAGGCGACCACCCUACUCGUAUUCGUCGAUGAUCACCCAGGCCAUCGCCUCGUCGUCGGAAGGCCGCAUGACGCUUCGUGAGAUCUACACCUGGAUCAGCAGCAAUUUUUCGGGGUACCCCAUGGCGGGUCCCGACUCGCAGGGCUGGCAGAAUACGGUGCGACACAACCUCUCGCUCGGCAAGAUCUUCAUCAAGAAGGCGCGUACCGCGCAGGACAUCUACGACAGCUGCUCGUCGGGCAAUCCAUCGCAGAGUCAGGCGGCGCGAGGCAAGGGAGGCUGGUGGACGCUGCAUCCCGUGGUGCUGGCGCAGAUCCGUUCGGGCCAGCGCACGCACAACGACGAAUUCGACGACGUCGAGCGCCUGGUAGAGACCGAGAAUGCGGCCGCCAAGGAAGGUGCUGUUGCUCGAGUUGCCGGCGCGGCUGUGAUGGCAGCGACCUCGUCGGUGUCGUCGGCAGACGGCAGGUCCGCGCCUCGCCGUUCCUCGGCGGAGAUCAGUCAGCACAAGACACUCAGCCGACAGCGAAGCUACUCGGACUCGAUGGAUCCCACUACGGUGGAGCACCGCCGCGUGGGCCCGAGCCAGCAUGCCUUGACCGCGCCGGUGAGCCGCAAGACGUCGAUCGGUGCGAGUCGCAAUGAGGCGAAUGCGCGGACUGCGUAUGCACCGUAUUCGUCUCCGCUCUCGGAUCGCAGGAUCAGCGGCUCGUCGUCGGACCGCACCCGUGUCGACAUGCCGUCGGUGCUGCAGACCAAGCUUGGCGGUGGUGCGAACGAUGAGCGAGUGCAGGCGUUUGGGCGCUUUCGUGGACACACGAUCGGCGGGCUCGAAUCGUCUUCGCCUCGCCGGUCCAACUCGAUGUCGCACGCCGAGAUGGAUGGGGCGGGCGAAGAAGCGCACGCGCAUGUGCUGAUGCGCCUGCAGCCGGAUGUCUCGACGAGUCCGCGUGCGGCCGGCCGGGUGCGCGCGCAGAUGGUGGAGGACGUCGAGAUGGAGCCUUGGGCGGCGUCGCCGCGCCCGUCGAGCGUGGUGCUGCAGGAGGCGCGCGAGACGCUCGCCAACACCAAACAGCAGCAGCAGGAGCAGAUGCUGCGUCAGGCACACGAGGACAAGGUUGCGCUGGCUGACGCCCCCGAGGGCGCCGGUCGCAUGGCCAUCCGCGGUCUUCUCAACAGCUAG